GGGCGAAGUAAACUGCUUCGGUGCCAGUCUGGCCCGUGCCAUUGAGCUAUCCUCCAACACCUUGCAGUGUCUUUGGUUGCACUCGGGAGUUGCUCUCUUUCCAGGCUCGGGUCAUUGUCAGGAAUUUGGCUCGAUGUUAGUGGAGAUUCUCCCCAAACUCCAGAAGUUAGAGGCGCUGCGUUUCGACUACUUCGGGAUGCACGAUCCGCGCCCGUCAGGUGAGAUAUUGGACGCUGCAAGUUCAUUACCGAGGUUACGCAUUCUGGAUUUGGUUCCGCUCCCUAAAUUCGACGUUUCCGAGAUCCAGAAGGGGCCUGGAUCAGUAGUUCUAAGGACAAUCGGGAGAUUCGGGAACUUAUCUAUUGGGAACUCUUCGGCCGGGGUGCUUAGCACCGCCAGACAACUUUCGCGCAGGUUAGAUCUGACUUCACCUUUUGCGACAGGACCACCUUCGUCCUUCAAAGGCGAGAAAGGAGGACCAGAGUGGAAAGUCACAGGCAUUCCAUCCGAUGCCCUAGAAGACUCGAUGUUCCCGGACCUCGAGCACCUCUGUGUUCGCGGUGUUAUAUCGGACUUCCAGGGCCUCCUGUCCUACACCGGCCCUUUUCCUUCCAUGUCCCAGCUCAAACUUGACAUCCGGAACAUCGAAGAUGCAAAUUCGUUCUUCUGUAUCAUCACCUCCUCCUUCUCUGCCGAUACUCUAACGGAGCUCAAGGUUAUUCUCGACGGUCCGCCUCGUGUAAUGGGCUCACGAAAGCUCAACCAAGAAGUUUUCGCGCCACUGGCAGCCUUCUCGAGACUUUCUAAGCUUACUAUUAGGUGCAGUGAUACGUUUUCCCUCUCGGGACAGGCUGUUAUCCAUAUCAGCAAGUCGUGGCCAAUGCUUCGCGCCCUCUCGAUCGAUGGACAAGGCUCGGGCCAUAUCAACUUCAACGACUUGGAAAUAUUGCUCGCCAACUGCGCAUUGCUGGAGUUCAUGCACAUCCCGCUCCUUUCGGAGGGAUCGCCGAUCGCAUCCUCCUCCUCCGUCUUAGUGAACUCUUCUCCCCUUGCACCUAGUUCUGUGCGCUCAGAACGCGUUAUGCGGCUGGAGUUGUACGGCUCACUCAUAGAAGAUCCACAAUCUACUGCGGCGAGAUUGGCUGGAAUGUUACCUCGGCUGCAGUUCAUUAGUUGCUCAGGCGGCUUCUCGACGAGGUUAUUCGCGAAGAAGAGUUGGGACAAGCUGAAGGUCAGCUGGCUCGAAACGGAGAACUGUCUGCGAGAGCUUAUUUCGGAAAGGGAGCGGUUUUGAUGGACAAUUUGCUACGUGAUGUCAGAUUAUGUCCGCCUUUGUCGAACGCUCCUGAUACCUUGUAAUCAUAGCCAAGUACCUUGCAAUAUCAUCUCAG